AUGCGCACAAGCAAGCGCGACGGCGACGACCUCGUCGUGGUCGGCGUGUAUGUCGACGAUCUUCUAGCGACAGGGACGAGCGCGGCGGCGGUCGAGCGGUUCUUUGCAAGCCUCGCGUCGUUGUCGAUCAAGGACCUGGGGCGUGUCAGCAAGUUCCUGGGAAUGCGCGUGACGCACAACGGUCAGAAUGGGUACACGCUCGAUCAGGAGGAGGCCAUAAGAGACCUCUUACGCGACAACGGACUCGCUGACGCCAACUCGACGUGGACGCCGAUCGACGACAGCUGCUACGAGUUGGAGGAGGGCGACGCGGAGCUUCUUGGGACGCCAAGCGCGAAAUUAGGACCGACUGUGCGCCAGUUUCAGUCGCUGGUCGGCUCGCUGCUCUGGGUGGCGCGUUGCACGCGCCCUGACAUAGCGUUUGCGGUGCACAAGGUCACGAGACGAGCCCAUGCGCCUCGACUAGCAGACUGGAAGUUAGCUAAACGCAUCGCGCGAUACCUCAAGGGUACGGCGGCGCUUAAGAUCACGAUGAUCGCAGAAGACAAUUUAGGUGCGGCGAUGCGACUAGAAGCGUUCAGCGACGCCGACUUUGCCGCCGACAAGACGGACCGGAAGUCAAUGACGGGCGGCAUCGUGAUGCUGAACGGGAUGGCCGUCAGCUGGGGUGCGCGGAAGCAGGGAGGCGUCUCCCUGUCGACGAUGGAGGCGGAAUUUGUCGCGGCGAGUGAAGUCGCGCGCGAGAUGCUCGGCCUGCGCGAGAUGUUGUGCGAAGUGGGCGUGGAGCCCACGCUUCCGAUGCAGUUGCGGGUGGACAACCAAGCGGCGAUCGCGCAGAUUGCGGGAGAGGCAUCGUCGCUGAAGGCAAAACAUGUGGAUGUGCGCCUUAAGUUUCUUUGCGACUACUCGCGCCGCGGCGUCAUCACGGCGAGCUACGUCAGAUCGGAGCAGAUGCUCGCAGACCUCCUCACGAAGGCGUUGGACGCGACGAAGCUCUCGACACUGCGCGCACUCGUGCGCAUUGGUUAA